AUAGGCGUCUGCGUUCUCAUCCUGCUCAUCAUCGUUCAGAUGGCAGCUGCAGAUGACAAAUCCAAAUCCGAAUCCGGUGGAUCCGACAAGUCCGGAUGCAAGAAGGUGUCCUGCAGGCACAAGGAGUUCAAGGAAUGCCAUGGACAGGUGCACUCAUGCCCUGCUGCCUGCCCUAGAACCUGCAAAGUCGAUUGCGGCCAGUGCAAGCCUGUCUGCGAAUGUGACAGGCCGGGUGCAGUCUGCGAUGACCCACGCUUUAUUGGUGGUGACGGCAUCACCUUCUAUUUCCACGGCCAGAAGGACAGAGAUUUCUGCUUGGUCUCCGACACCAACCUUCACAUCAAUGGCCACUUCAUCGGCAAGAGAGGGGACGGCAUGAAGCGUGAUUUCACGUGGGUUCAAUCCAUCGGCCUCCUCUUCGACGGCCACAAGCUCUUCAUUGGUGCCAAGAAGGUUGCCCAAUGGGAUGAUGCCAUUGAUCAAUUAGCCAUUGCUUUCGAUGGAGAGCCUGUGUUCCUACCUACCACAGAGGAUGCCCAAUGGACAUCUGCGGCUUCUGCCCUCACCAUCACUCGUUCAGGCAGAGCUAAUGAGAUCGUAGUGGAAGCAGCCAACCAGUUCAAAAUCACAGCCAAAGUGGUUCCCAUAGGUAAGGAGGAGUCCAGGAUCCACAACUAUGGCAUAACCGACGAUGACUGCUUCGCUCAUCUCGACCUCAGCUUCAGGUUCUACUCUCUCAGUGGCGCCGUCAAUGGGGUGCUGGGUCAAACCUACGCAGACAACUACAAAAGCAGAGCCAAGAUGGGCGUGAAGAUGCCAGUGCUCGGCGGCGAUCGCGAGUUCUUGUCUUCGGGGCUCUUCGCCACCGAUUGCGCAGCGGCACAGUUUAAGAGCACAGGACGCAUCAUCAUGGAGGGUGGUGUUGAUCAUCAUGAGGAACUCGAAUGCAAGAGCAGCUUGAAUGGUCGUGGGAUUGUAUGCAAGAAAUGAGGAGAGCUCCAAAAGGACAAGUUACUGUCGGUCCUUUGUUUUACUUUCUUUGUGAUUCGCUUCUGGACCCGAAUAAGAGGCUUUCUUUCGUUUGAUAUAUAAAUGAAUAUGCAAAUGCUUGGUUGAAGAAUGGCAAG